ACGUAAUCGUAUGAACGUAACGUACGGUACUUCCGGGUUUGGCGUAAGUGUCGGCGCAGCUUGAAGAGAUACAAAGAAAACGGCAAUGAUGGCUGAUGUUUCUCUGUAUCUCACCAAUGUUAAUGUGUCCUUAGGACGGGGCAUGGAUACAGGGCAGAGUCAGAGCACGAACCCGGGGAAGGAUUUUGAGAGCGUGGAGCUGGGGGAGAUGGGUAAGACAACGGAGCCGAGGGAGAAGGUUCCCCGCAGGAUCAUCCACUUCUCCAGCGGGGAGACCAUGGAGGAGUACAGCACAGACGAGGAAGAGGAUCCUGAGGCGGAGAGGAGAGACCUGUUGUCCCCUCCGGUCGAUGCGGUGAGGUCCAGGAUGACCUGGGGGCCUUUCUUCUGGUUUCACAUGUGGAGAGCAGCCACGUCCACCAUCUCUGCAUGUGACUAUCUUGGGGAGAGGAUGGCGUCUCUGUUUGGAAUAACAUCGGCCAAGUACCAGUAUGCCAUUGAUGAAUACCACCGGAUAAAGAAGGAGAAAGAGGAAGAGAAGGAGGAGAACCGGCUGUCGGAAGAAGCGGAGCAGACCUUUGACCAGCUACAAUCUCAGGAAGGGAAAGAUGAGCCAAUCACAUCAACAAAAGGACAGGAGGGGGUGUCUGCUUGUCCUGAGGUGACCUAUCAGAUGGAGAAUGAGAAUCCGGCAGCUCCAACCACGAUCACCGUCCCAGUUAUUGUCACUGCAACGUAACUCUUCGUAAUAAGAAAACGGCAUUUUAGUGUUUACUAGUCGGUAAAGGGAAGAACACGGUUUUGUUUCACCAAGUUGUUUGGUUUGUGUAUAACACAGCUUUUAAUGGGCAGCGGCGCUGUAUUUCAGCUGAUUGGAGGUGGAGUGCCACAAUGUGGAAAUUUACAAACCUAUUUCUGCAUCUGUGGCAACAUAUUUAGACCUUUUAAACGCACGCAGUUGGGCAGAUUUUAGGGAAUAAAUGUUUGCCAUUGUCGGUUGCUACAGCAACCACACACAGUGCCUAAACCAUCUAUACAGCCAGUGCCAGAUGUGUUCUGAGCAUCUGUUUGAUUGUGAUCUGAUGUCUCUGUGGACAGUUUACAUUACAUAUUUAAAGGUUCAUCAGCUGCUCUGUCUACGUCUGUUUGCACUGGUGUCCUGGCUCCACCUGGCUGCAUUAAAGGGCUGGCCAUUUUAACACUCCCUCUCACGUUGGUUCGAUGUGCAUGCUGUAUGUUGGCGUGUUUAAUAUUACAUGUUAAGGCUUGCUGUCUGUGGAAGCACUGAGGAGAUUGAGUUAUGACUGUCAAAUCCUCUUAGCCACACAACAGGCUAACAUUUAGCUAAAAAAAAACACUGAAAAGUGGGUGUAAGGGUCAUGUGUUGCCGUUUUUUAGCUACCUUAUUUACUGUGAAUAUUAAAAUAGUCUGUGUUGUGUGACCUUAUGAUAAUGGAUAAAAAAAUUAUGACACCAAGUCUGUUUAAGGACCUACAAAUUGACAUUCUUAACCAUUUGUAAGCAGUUUUUUACACUUAUGUAUUUAUUUUCUUAACUUAUUGAGUUGUUAUUUUUAAACAUUUUCUAUUGUUUUAAUAACAUGACAAUAAACGCUUAAGUCUGAUUUUUA